GAUGGGCGGGGUGUUGCCGGAGCUGCGAUGGCUGCCCGCUGCUGUGCGAAGAACGGAGCCUCUGGCCCCUCUCGCAGGCCGGCCUCUUGACGCCGCCAGUAGGCGCGGUCCCCUGGGCCGUUUCUGCGGCUGUCAUGUACCCGCCGACGCCGCCCGGGCCGCACCGGGACUUCAUCUCGGUGACGCUGAGCCUUGGCCAGAGCGACGACGGCAGCAAAACCCGGCGGCGCCGCUCGUGCUGGCGGAAAUGGAAGCAACUGUCGAGAUUACAGCGGAAUGUGAUUCUCUUCAUCCUGGCGUUUCUGAUGCUCUGUGGGCUCCUGUCCUACAUCAGCGUGGCGGACCAGUGGAAAGCCCCGAGUGGCAGGUCAGCCGAAGAGCAGAGGGCGAGGCCAGCAAACCCGCCCGUCCUGCCCGCUCCUCAGAAGGCAGUCGCUGACCCAGGGAUCGGCCCGGGGCCGCCGCCUCAGAAGCCUCAGAGGCACGUCCGGCGGGGACCCCCCAACCUGCAGAUCAGAGCCCCCAGCAGAGACUUGCAGGCCGGGAGGCAGGGCGGCGCCGGGAGGCGGGAGGCGGCUGCGGCGGACGGGGCGCGCCCGGAGCGCAGCCCGCAGAGCACGAUCGUCAGCUGGCGGGGAGCAGUGAUCGAGGCAGAGCAGGGCACCGAGCUCCCUUCCAGAAGGGCAGAGGCCCCCACCAGGGCCCCCUCGCAGGCCCCCAGGAUUCUGAACCAAGCAGCGCCCCCCAACGAGCGCCAGAAGGCCGUGAUCGAGUCCUUCCGCCACGCGUGGGCCGGGUACCGCAAGUUCGCCUGGGGCCACGACGAGCUGAAGCCGGUGUCCAGGUCCUUCAGCGAGUGGUUCGGUCUCGGCCUCACGCUCAUCGACUCCCUGGACACCCUGUUGAUUCUGGGCCUGAAGAAAGAAUUCGGAGAAGCCAGGAGGUGGGUGUCCAGGAAGCUACGGUUUCAGAAAGACGUGGACGUCAACCUGUUUGAGAGCACCAUCCGGAUCCUGGGGGGGCUCCUGAGUGCCUACCACCUGUCCGGGGACGCGCUGUUCCUGCAGAAAGCCGAGGAUUUUGGGAAUCGGCUGAUGCCUGCGUUCCAGACACCCUCCAAGAUCCCGUACUCGGACGUGAAUAUCGGCACUGGAGUGGCCCACCCACCCUGGUGGACAUCGGACAGCACGGUGGCCGAGGUGACGAGCAUCCAGCUGGAGUUCCGCGAGCUCUCCCGCCUCACGGGAGUCAAGAAGUUCCAGGAGGCCGCGGAGGAGGUGACCCGGCACGUCCACUCCCUGGCCGGGAAGAAGGACGGGCUGGUGCCCAUGUUCAUCAACACGCACAGCGGCCUCUUCACCCACAUGGGCGUGUUCACGCUGGGCGCCAGGGCGGACAGCUACUACGAGUACCUGCUGAAGCAGUGGAUCCAGGGCGGGAAGCAGGACUCGCGGCUCCUGGACGACUACCUGGAAGCCAUCGAGGGGAUCAAGAGGCACCUGCUGCGCAGGUCUGAGCCGAGCAAGCUCACCUUCGUCGGGGAGCUCGCCCACGGCCGCUUCAGCGCCAAGAUGGACCACCUGGUGUGCUUCCUGCCAGGGACGCUGGCCCUGGGCGCCCACCAUGGGCUGCCCGCCGACCACAUGGAGCUGGCCCGGGCGCUCAUGGACACCUGCUACCAGAUGAACCGGCAGAUGGAGACGGGGCUGAGCCCCGAGAUCGCGCACUUCAACCUGCACGCCCAGAAGGGCCAGAAGGACGUACAGGUCAAGCCGGCUGACAGGCACAACCUGCUGCGCCCCGAGACGGUGGAGAGUCUGUUCUACCUGUACCGCUUCACGGGGGAGCGCAAGUACCAGGACUGGGGCUGGGAGAUCCUCCAGAACUUCAACACCUACACGCGGGUCCCCUCGGGCGGCUACUCCUCCAUCAGCAACGUCCAGGACCCCCGCAACCCCCAGCCCCGGGACAAGAUGGAGAGCUUUUUCCUGGGGGAGACGCUCAAGUACCUGUACCUGCUCUUCUCUGACGACCCCGAGCUGCUCAGCCUGGACACCUACGUGUUCAACACAGAGGCGCACCCCCUGCCCAUCUGGGCUCCCGCCUAGGGUGGCGGCUCCGUGCAGCUGCGGCCCAGCGUCUGCCGCUGCCCGGGUGCCAGGGCGCCUGUCGGCGGGACCAGGCCCUGGACGGGCCGUGUAGGCUGUGCCCACCCUGCGGGCUGGACGUGCUCCGGACUCGCUGAUGACAGGCCAGUAGGCACCUGGGCUGGGACGUCUCCGGGCUCUGAGGUGCUCGGGCGGCCGUGGGCGGCAGGCUCCCCGCCCUGGCUGUGGGGUCCUUGUCUGUGGUUCCGUGGGGACCCUGUUAGGCACAAGGAAGAAGAAGCCAGUGCUGGGGUUCAGGGGGACCCCAUCCACCGAGGCCGCCCCCUCCUUCCUGAAAAACCACCAAUCAUGACCUACAUUCCUGCAACCUGAACGUUCUGUUGGUCGAUGCACAGGCUUCUUGGGGCUCCUGGGGCCCCUGUGAGUCCCCGGACCCCGUGUUGGGUUCAGAGGCCAGAGCCGAGAGGACACUGGGGUGCAGCUGCACCCUGAGGUCUCGGGGGCAAUGCUGUGCCAGCCCAAGGCCCCGGGGGGAGAUGUUUGCGGCCCCGCUGGGCCGGGGCUCCCGGCCGGCUGUGCCAUUCACGUGGACUCAGGGAUCCUCAGGGUCUGGCGGGCGGACGCCGAGGGCCUCCACUCCCGGGCCGCCUGGCGGAGCGGCCGUCCGUCGC